AUGUUUCCCCUGUGUCUUCUCCACCCAGUGGUUCUAGACUCCCAGGAGGCCACGGUUCUCUACCUGCCAUACCUCAUCACCAUCGACGACAUCAUCACCCAGAUCGCCAAGGCCGGCUUCAAGGCCAAGCCCAAGUCCAAGUCCYGCCCCCUGCAGCUGUCCGUCAGCGAGAUGGUACGGUUGCUAAGCGCUGCCUCAUUACCCACAGCGCCGGUGGAUACUUCCACCAAGGAUUCUGAGGCGUCCACAGACUCGGCCCAGACUACCCUCAGGGUGACGGGCAUGCACUGCCGCUCCUGUGUGGUAAACAUCCAGGAUAACAUCUCCAAGAUGGCUGGGGUGACCUCCAUAGAGGUAUUGUUGGAGAGAGAGAGUGCCUCCAUCCACUACAACCCAGGGAGGGUGACUGUGUCUGGGCUACAGCAAGCCAUCGAGGCCCUGCCACCAGGGACGUUUAAAACCCAACCCUGGAGCGCUAGCUCUGGAGGUGUUAGCCCUACAUCCACCACACCUAUACCUUCACCACCACCACCACCGUCGUCACAGGCCGGCCUCUCYUCCACCCAGCCCUGCUACGGCCAGCCUCUGACGGCCACGGCCGGCCUCUCCUCCACCCAGCCCUGCUACAGCCAGCCUCUGACGGCCACGGCCGGCCUCUCCUCCACCCAGCCCUGCUACGGCCAGCCUCUGACGGCCACGGCCCUAAUCCAUAUAGAGGGAAUGACCUGUGGGUCCUGUGUUCAGUCCAUCGAGGGGAUGCUGUCUCAGAGGAAGGGGUUGCGGUCAGCCAAGGUGUCUCUGGCCAAUCACAGAGGGGUGUUUGAGUACGACCCUCUCCUCACCCAACCAGAAGAGCUCAGGGAGGCCAUAGAGGACAUGGGAUUUGAUGCCUUCCUGCCUGAAACCAACUCCCUGUUGACCGUCCCAGUUAUCAGUCCCCCCUCGUCCUGCUCCCUGUCCCCUGAGCUGGACGCAGCACAGGGUGUUAAGGAGCCCCCGGACACCCUCGCUAAAUGCUUCAUCCAGAUUGGUGGAAUGACCUGUGCGUCCUGUGUGGCCAACAUCGAGAGGAACCUGAGGAAUAAACACGGUAUCUACUCUGUGCUGGUGGCCCUGAUGGCUAGUAAGGCUGAGGUCCGUUAUAACCCUGAGGUGAUGGACCCUCUGAAGAUAGCAGAGUAUGUCAGAGAGUUGGGCUUCACUGCUUCUGUCAUGGAGAACUAUGAGGGUUCUGAUGGAAGCCUGGAAUUGUGGGGAAUGACGUGUGCCUCCUGCGUUCACAAAAUAGAGUCCAGCCUGAUGAAAGAGAACGGUAUCGUCCACACCUCUGUUGCCCUGGYAACCAACAAAGCCCACAUCAAGUACGACCCGGAGGUGACGGGACCGAGAGACGUCAUCAAACUCAUAGAGAACCUGGGUUUCGAGGCAUCUCUGGUGAAGAGGGAUCGCACAGGCAGUCACCUGGACCACAGCAGAGAGAUCACACAAUGGAGGAAGUCGUUCCUGGUCAGCCUGAUCUUCUGCGUCCCAGUCAUGGGGAUGAUGAUCUACAUGAUCAUAGUAGACCACCAGAUCAGCACGUCUCACCAGCACAACGCCACCACACAGGACCGGGAACACUACCACUCCACCAUGUUCCUGGAAAGACAGCUGCUCCCAGGCCUCUCCAUCAUGAACCUGAUCUCAUUCMUCUUCUGUGUCCCUGUACAGUUUUAUGGCGGGCGCUACUUCUACACCCAUGCCUACAAGGCCCUGAAACACAAAACAACCAACAUGGACGUGCUCAUCAUGCUGGCCACCUCCGUAGCCUUCACCUACUCCGUGGUCAUCCUCAUGGUCGCCAUGAUAGAGGGGGCAAAGGUCAACCCCAUCACCUUCUUUGACACGCCCCCCCUGCUCUUUGUCUUCAUCUCACUCGGGCGCUGGCUGGAGCAGAUCGCCAAGAGUAAGACGUCAGAAGCUUUGUCCAAGCUGAUGUCCCUCCAGGCCAUCGCUGCCACAGUGGUCACUCUCAACAUGGACAUGUCUGUACUCAGUGAGGAGCAGCUAGAUGUUGAGCUGGUCCAGAGAGGAGACGUGGUCAGGGUGGUGCCUGGAGGGAAGUUCCCCGUAGAUGGGAGGGUCAUCGAGGGACACAGCAUGGCUGAUGAGUCUCUCAUCACAGGUGAGGCCAUGCCAGUUACUAAGAAGCCAGGCAGCUCAGUAAUAGCUGGCUCUAUCAACCAGAACGGCUCUCUGCUCGUCAGUGCUACACACGUAGGCCUGGACACAAGCCUGUCUCAGAUAGUUAAACUACUGGAGGAGGCUCAGACAUCUAAGGCUCCCAUACAGCAGUUUGCAGAUAAGAUCAGUGGUUACUUUGUCCCGUUCAUCGUUGGGGUCUCUCUCCUCACUCUGUUCGCCUGGAUCCUCAUUGGCUUUGUUGACUUUCCACUGGUGGAGAAAUACUUCCCUGGCAAUGAUAAGAGCAUCUCAAAGGCAGAAGCUGUGAUCAGGUUUGCCUUCCAGGUCUCCAUCACAGUGCUGUGUAUCGCCUGCCCCUGCUCUCUGGGCCUGGCAACCCCGACAGCUGUGAUGGUGGGCACAGGGGUGGGCGCUCAGAACGGUAUCCUCAUCAAGGGUGGGGAACCACUAGAGAUGGCACGCAAGAUCCAGACAGUGGUGUUUGAUAAGACGGGUACCAUCACCUACGGAGCUCCUAAAGUCAUCCAGGUGAAGAUUGUAGUGGAAGGGAACAGGCUUCCUCGCUCCCGUCUGCUGGCCAUCGUAGGGACUGCAGAGAACAACAGUGAACACCCGCUGGGAGCUGCCAUCACCAAGUACUGUAAACAGGAGAUGGGAACCAGUAACCUCUCUGUGUGUUCCUCUAUAGCCCUGGUGCAGACGCUCCUACGUGGUGUUGAUAGGGAACCAGUAACCUCUCUGUGUUCCUCUAUAGCCCUGGUGCAGACAGCGUCCUACGCGGUGUUGAUAGGGAACAGGGAGUGGAUGAGGAGGAACGGACUAGAGAUCAGACCUGAUAUACACGAGACCAUGGCUGAACAUGAACGCAGGGGACGCACUGCUGUACUGGUGGCUGUCGACAGUCUGCUAUGUGCCAUGAUAGCCAUAGCAGACACGGUGAAGCCAGAGGCAGGUUUAGCGGUUCACACCCUGCAGGCCAUGGGUCUGGAGGUGAUUCUGAUGACUGGAGACAACAGCAAGACAGCACGGGCCAUCGCUGAUCAGGUGGGCAUCAGGAAGGUGUUUGCAGAGUUGCUGCCGUCCCACAAGGUGGCCAUGGUAGAGCAGCUGCAGCAGGCAGGGAAGAGGGUGGCAAUGGUGGGUGACGGGGUCAACGACUCACCCGCUCUGGCCAUGGCAGAUGUUGGCAUCGCCAUAGGAACGGGCUCUGACGUGGCCAUAGAGGCAGCUGACGUGGUGCUGAUCAGGUGCACAUCAGAAAUCAGUAAGAAGGAAYGCAUCCUGUUGGAAUUCGGUAAGAAGGAACGCAUCCUGUUGGAAUUCGGUAAGAAGGAACGCAUCCUGUUGGAAUUCAGUAAGAAGGAACGCAUCCUGUUGGAAUUCAGUAAGAAGGGACGCAUCCUGUUGGAAUUCAGUAAGAAGAAGGGACGCUCUGUUCGGCACACUCUCACACGCUCCACCCACGCGCCACACAACAUACUGUUUGAGAACUCCAUAAAGAAGGGACGCAUCCUGUUGGAAUUCAAGCUAAGAAGGAACGCCUCCUCUGCCGAAUCCCUCCAGUCUAACGCACAGGACGAUCUGUCUCCCGGCAUUCGCUAG